AUUCGUUCACUGGCCCACAAUCAUGUUUUUGCUGUUGAGCCUCGUUACUUUGUCAAUCGCGCCUUCCCGCGGAGCCGCAGGAAGUUUAGACAGGCUGAAACUACUGAAAUUCGCUGAUAAUGGUCAUAGCUAUAUCCAGUUUUCUCCGGAUUGGAGAGCCUUGACCGACGUGGUCUCAGCUUGCGGGUGGAUAAAAGACUUAGGAUCUUCAUCUAACGGCCGUACAAUGUGGAGCCGUAACGGGAUUUACGAGAUGACUGUAACGGCAGAUGCAACAAGGAUAUGCAUUGCUGACGGCUGUAUGAGGUUUCAAAGUAAGUUCUCUGUGCCGAAAGGCACAUGGUACCACAUGUGUAGUACAUGGAGCAGGAGAUCAAGAACUCAUCGUCAUUAUAUUAAUGGUAAGGAACUUGGGUCACGACAAACAGCUGACAGGUCACUGAGUACUAGUCUCCCUCUCAUUCUAGGAAGAUGGACAACUAGUAUUGACUAUCCCUUCGGUGGGGAAAUGUCGUAUCUGAAUUUCUACUCAAAAGAGCUGUCCCCCAGCGAGAUAGUAAGUAUGGUGGAACAGGGAAUGUGCGUUAACAUUGUAGAAGAAGACGAACACGAGUCUUUCCGCGUCAUCAAGUGGGAGGAUAUGGUUAAACUAGAAAGGAGCGGGACGGUCACAUAUGUAGAUAUAGCUGAGUGUGAGGACUUCUUAGGAGCUAUGACAAAACUAGAAGAAUCAGAGCACAAGCUGAAAGAAACGGCUGAUGAGCUGACGGAAAUCCAACAAGAAUUAAACUCAACAGUUGCAAAGUUAGAAGAGACCCAGGCAGACAAUGAAGAGAAGGAUCAAAAUCUUGAAGACAUCUCCAACAGACUAAAUUCUACUCUCGUUGAGUUAGAGAAGUCGCAGGCAGAUAAUAAAGAGAAAGAACAAAAUCUUGAAAACAUCUCCAACAGACUAAAUUCUACUCUCGUUGAGUUAGAGAAGUCGCAGGCAGACAAUGAAGAGAAGGAUCAAAAUCUUGAAAACAUCUCCAGUAGAUUGAACUCUACCCUUGCUGAGUUAGAAGAAGCUUCAUCAAGCCUUAACAAGACCUGGGACUGGAAUAUCUUCCUCUCUGAACAGUUUCUGAACAAAACCUUUACAGAUGAACACUCCCAACUGCUUCACACUACUUGGGAUGAUAUAGCAGAGAGACUCGUCGGCAUCAGGAUCACAGAAGAGUUCCUGGAAUUGUUGGAGCACGUUGACCCAGUUGAUGACAGACCAUGGUCUAUGCUCUAUUCUGAGAACUACUUCAACGAAAUAUUUACACGACAAAUGGCGGAUAGACUGACAAGCAUAUGGGAUGGAAUAGGCAAAAAGUUGGUUGGAGUGACAAUGACGAAGGAGGUGGUUGAUCUGCUCAACCAUGUAACUGACAAAAGUAACUGUGGAAACUAACAAGCUCCUGAUAUUCACAGCACUGCUCCUCUGAUGCAACAAACAUUCAGUGACCUAGUUACUUUGUCGUGUGGGGUAGCACGAAACUUAUGCGCAUGAUUAUGUAUUAUCGAUCUGUGAACAUUUUGGCUGUACUGAUCAUUUUAUGCAGCAUUUUAAUACUGAUUCAGAAUGAUUCAUAUUUUAAGUUUUCAUUAAAUAAAGUUUUCUUAAAAAUAAUGGCAUGGAUGAAUAUGACUAUAGAGAUCUUCCAAACAAAAUACAAUUUUGAACUAACUUACA